GGCGCUAUAGGUCGGCCGUGACGUCGCCGCGGCCGUUCUGUCGUCGUCGCCGCCCGUGCCGCGUGUCGCCUCCGCCUCUGCCGCUGUCAGGAAGGUCUGAUUCUCCUGAAAUAGAAAAUGUUUUCCAAACUAGCAAACUUGCAAACCCUUGCUGUGUUUCGUCGGGGUGUUCAUUCUUCAGUGACUUCAGCUGCAUCGGUCGCAACCAAAAAAACUGUCCAGGGUCCUCCGUCCUCGGAGCAGAUCUAUGAACGAGAAGCUAAGUAUGGUGCCCACAAUUACCACCCUUUACCUGUAGCCCUGGAAAGAGGAAAAGGUGUUUAUGUAUGGGAUGUGGAAGGCAGAAAAUAUUUUGAUUUCCUGAGUGCCUACAGUGCUGUGAACCAAGGACACUGUCACCCCAAAAUUGUGGAUGCCUUGAAAAAUCAAGCUGAUAAAUUAACCUUAACUUCUAGAGCUUUCUAUAACAAUGUACUUGGUGAAUACGAAGAGUAUGUCACAAAGUUGUUCAACUACAACAAAGUUCUGCCCAUGAAUACAGGGGUGGAAGCUGGAGAAACUGCCUGCAAAUUAGCUCGAAAAUGGGCAUACAAUGUGAAAGGCAUUCAGAAGUACAAAGCAAAGAUUGUUUUCGCAGCUGGAAACUUCUGGGGUCGAACAUUAUCUGCUAUCUCUAGUUCAACCGACCCAUCAAGUUAUGAAGGCUUUGGGCCAUUUAUGCCGGGCUUUGAGAUUAUCCCCUACAAUGACCUACCAGCCCUUGAGCGUGCCCUCCAGGAUCCCAAUGUGGCUGCUUUCAUGGUGGAGCCCAUUCAGGGGGAAGCUGGUGUCGUCGUCCCUGAUCCGGGCUACCUCUCUGGAGUGAGAGAUCUCUGCACCAAGUUCCAGGUUCUCUUCAUUGCUGAUGAAAUACAGACGGGAUUAGCUAGAACUGGGAGGUGGCUGGCUGUUGAUCACGAAAAUGUCAGACCUGACAUGAUCCUCCUUGGAAAGGCCCUUUCUGGAGGCUUAUACCCCGUAUCGGCUGUAUUGUGUGAUGAUGAAAUUAUGCUGACCAUUAAGCCUGGGGAGCACGGGUCCACUUAUGGAGGCAAUCCCUUGGCCUGCCGGGUGGCCAUUGCGUCCCUGGAGGUUUUGGAAGAGGAAGAGCUGGCUAAAAAUGCAGAUGUGAUGGGGAACAUCUUGAGGAAGGAACUGAUGAAAUUGCCUUCUGAUGUUGUAACUGCCGUAAGAGGAAAAGGAUUAUUGAAUGCCAUCGUUAUCAGAGAAACUAAAGAUUGGGAUGCUUGGAAAGUGUGUCUGCGGCUUCGUGACAAUGGACUUCUGGCCAAACCCACCCAUGGAGAUAUCAUUAGGCUGGCACCACCCCUCGUGAUCAAGGAAGAUGAAAUCCGAGAGUCGGUGGAGAUUAUCAACAAGACCAUCUUGUCUUUCUGAAGACUUUUCGAUUGCCACUGUGUCUGGUAGCUGGCUCAAGGCAGGCGGUGCAUUUUUGUGCUGAAAGCCUCUGCUCUCAGGGUGAGCACAAUCACUCCCACAUGUUUUAAAGAACUCCUUUUUUUUAGUUCAUCUAGAAUAGAGCAAAAAUUGAAUCACCUGCAAUUUGCUGUUUACUGUAACUGAGAGAUUCUAUUCAAUUAACUGUAUUGUCUUCUUUCUAAGCUCAAUGGCUUGCUUGUAUUUGUGUGUUGACAUCUUUAAAAUAGCUGGAAGUAUUGGGCACCGAGCCUGAAAUGUAAUGUGUGUAUGCAUUUUUAUAAUUUUGCCUUUUCAGAAAGGCACAAAAAAGCCUUUUGUAUUUGAAACAUUUAACUCCAGGGGGAUUAAAUGGAAGACUUGCUUACCUUUAAAGUGAAUCAGGAAAGUCCAGUAACAUAGUCUGGGGGCAUGUUUGGCACAAACUUUUUCGUUUGAUGCUAAGAUGCAGUGGCAGGAGUUGUCUGGAGAAUGCUGGCAUGUGUGUGCCUGGGUCUGACUCGAUUUGAGCAUUGUGUUGCUGCCUGGCAUUCCCAUUUCUUUAUUUUUGUGUUUGACUCUUUAAAGCAGUGUUGAGAAUGGCCAGUAUAAUCUGCCAUUCUAAAACUGUCGCCUUUUCUGAAGCUUCAAAAUUUUGUUUACAUUAAAAUAAAGCCUUUAUUUAAGCUGUCUA